AUGAAUUCCAGAACGCCCUGUGUGAUAUUCUACGCAGUGUCGCUGGUGGUGUGCGUGGUGGUGAUUUUUUGCCUGAACAAGUAUGAGAGGCAAGGGGUGCCGCUGGAGAAACUGAGAAGCACCUCUUCGUUGGUGCAGGAGGUUUACAAUGCAACCAAGAGGGAGAAGGCAAAGGGGGGAAAACAAGACGGGUCCUAUGAGAAGGUCUCCCACUUGGGCAUAAAACUGUUUAUCGUAUCGAGCAGUGGAGAAGGAAGCAGUGAUUCGUUGGGGACAAAAAUGAAGGAAUAUUUUUCCAGCCAAAUGGAUCUUGAAUGCAAAGAUAAACCAGCUGCAGAGAGCAUCUCCGAUGUGCAGGAUUUGUUUUACGUCAAACCAAUCAUCAUCCGUGGAGAUGAAAUCAGAAGUGAUGACACGGGGAUGCCUGCAAAUGUAUGCUUGAGUAGCUCCCCCGAGAAAGGUGCCCUCCAUAAUAUGCUAAACAAUAGUUACUUCAUAUGUUUGAGUGACAACCGCGAGGAGAAAGACGACACCAGCGUCGUUUUCACGCUGAACAGGAGCAACAACCUGCACGUGAAGUUCAGCCGAAAGGAAGAGGACCCCACCACUCACUAUCACCAGCUGGCAGAAGAAACAUGGAAGGUAGUAAAACGUGUCUUUUUUUUUAAGUCCAAAAAUCGUUCUCUUUUUUUUAACCCCGAAUUGGACUUAAACUUUUAUUUGGCUAGCAGUUUGUACAACGAGGGAAAUUACAAAAUAGGGAAGAGGAACACGGCUCAGGGGGGGAGAGACAAAGUUGGUGACGAAUCGAGAGAUCCACAUGGGGAUGAUCUAAACAGAGAUGCUUCCUACGUGGAGGGAACUCCUUCUUCUGCUUCUUCUCCUUCUUUCCCCCCCGUGAAUGUUGCCACUUGGGACUUCUACACUGAGGUGUAUUACCCCUACUUGAGAAACUUCAUCGAGCAGCUUCUAAACGUGUUUCAAAUAAAUGUAUACAAACAGACCAUUGCGAAUAUCGAUUUGUUUAAAAUUUCGGAGAAGGCAAAGGAGGUGGGAAGGAAGCGGGUCAUCAUCCUCGACAAGGUAACAAGAUUCACCACACUUUUUGAUGACGUGACUUUUGGCGACAUUCUGAAGAAGCCGACUUAUAACAUUCCGAAGAGCAUCAACCUGAUGGCUGUCUUCCCCAGUGGAGAAGAAAUCUUUUUUUAUAAUCCCGCCACGGGGAAGGAAGAAACGACGGUUUCGUUUGCAGAGUGGGGCGUCGUACACAUAAAUAAUGCACUCCAACGGGGGGGCAUCGCAGAGAGGAAGGAAGAGGAGGAGAAGCCGACGAAAGAGCCGACGAAAGAGCAGCCGAAAAAGCAGAAGAAAGAGCAGCCGAAAAAGCAGAAGAAAAAGUAUUCCAAUGUGUCAGAGGAAGCCCCCCUGAUCAGCGGCUUCUUCAUUUCCCAUUUGAGGCAAUAUUUGGGACUAGCACCAAACUUUUCGGAUUACAUCUAUACCAUCUUCGAUGCAGACAAGUAUGAUAUAAAAUAUUUGCGAAGUGAGUCCACCGAUGAGGCCAGCUCUUUUUUGUAUUCCGUCAGGAGGGAGGAUAGACUAUGGUUUUCCUUUUUCUAUGAAAUCCCUGUGAGAAGUGGUAUUUUCCCCUUUGAGCUUCUAGCCCUCAUGCGAGAAGCAUACACCUGCUAUGUGGUGGAAACGCUGAGAAACGUGGAGAAGUUUGUCUCCAUAUCGAAUGUGAGCAUUUAUUUUAGAGUGCCCAUGCACGCCAUGCAUGUUUUUAAUGACAUCCUGGACAAGGUUAAAUGCAGCUUAGAUCUCAUUCGCGGGUCGGACGGCUGCAGAGACUUUCAAUUCGGAAGGUCCGUUCGGGAGAUCUUGCAUCCGCACGGUGGUGGCACCAGUGGAGAUGGCCACUCGGGGGAGGGGGAUAAUCGGCGUGUGGCGGCAGCGCGGCUGCGGGAAAGGUACUUCAGGGCGGCGGUCGUUCUGGCGCAGAGCGCUUACCAGGAUUCCUUGCAGCUCCUGAGUGACGACACGUUCUCCAUUUAUGACAUCCUUUCGAAGGAUUUCCUGCUGGCCUCCUUUCUCCCCGUGCUCAUUCCGUAUGCAAUUCCGGUCACGUUUUCCUUGUUCAGGGAACUAUUCAGGAAUAUCAAACUGGCGAAGGAGAAGCGGAAGCUGGAUUGA